CGACAACACGGUUUUACACGGUUUUCAAACGAAUAGUAAGCUAUUGUAGCUUACUGUGUUAAAUAUAUUUUGUUUUAAAAAUAAUUGGCAUAAUAAUAUAUUGAUAGGGAAUGGAUUGCACGAUAUUUCUCUCAGCAUUAUUAUUACUCAAUACAGUAAAUAUUUCGAAUGGAGUGUGUAGCAAUGGCUGGUUCGGCUCCAGCUGUCAGUACAAAUGUCACUGUGUCAACAACCAAUGUGAUGUUGACGGAAAGUGUACAGGAGGGUCUACAUGUGAUAGGGGCUGGUUUGGUCCUCUAUGUCAAUAUCAGGAUCUGACAACAGUUCAGCUAAGUAUCACAACAUCAAACAACAAGGUAACAGAUGGCGACGACUUGACGUGUGACAAUGUUCAAACUGUUACUGUGUCGUGGGAUGUGGCUUAUCAAGUGAUGUGGCUUAGAGUUGUCAUGUCUGAACCAGAUUCGCUUCAAAAUGUCCAAGUGCUUUUUAAAAACAAUAGCGGAACAAAUAUUGCCUGCACUGAUCAGACGCUGGUUAGAGUGUAUACUAAAGUUACAGAUAUUUUCUGUUCUAACAAUAUUUUGGCCCAGCAAGUUUUUGUUGACUUUAAAUCCAAUAAAAUUGUUUGCUCUGUUUACAUAAGUGGGGGUCGCAAUCUUGCUCUAAGACAACCGACCUGGCAAUCAAGCAACUACACAGAGAACGGGGUAACGUUUGACUCCACUAGAGCUGUGGACGGGAAUCCAAGUAGUAACUACUUGAUUGACAAAUCUUGUACACACACUAACUCAGGUUCAUCUGGUUCUUGGAUGGUCAAUUUUACACAGGCAGUGUACAUCGACAGAUAUGUGCUUUAUAACAGAGAUAAUAACCGUGAUCGACUCAAAGGAUUCACCUUAACAAGCUACAGUUCUACAAAUAAGAAACUCUUCACUUACAAAGAUACAAAAACUGACGGCAACGUGCCAGUUUACAACGUGACAACUGCUACAGGAUCAGAACCCGUUUCUUAUGUUGUUGUAAAUGUUACAGGCAUUCUAACGUUGUGUGAGGUGGAGACUUAUGGCGACUAUAUUUGCACAAGUCGAAAAUAUGGACUAGAAUGUGCCAAGACCUGCAACUGUAACGACCCAACUGAGACAUGUUUUGUAGCUACAGGUGGAUGUCGGUCUGGUUGUGCUGCUGGAUAUCAAGGGGAAGGGUGUUUAGAAGAAUGUGAUAUCACAUAUUAUGGACUAAACUGUGCACAGAGUUGUAGCUCUAAUUGCAGAGACCAGCUCUGCAAUAACGUCAAUGGUACCUGUUAUAACUGUUACAUUGGGAAACAAGGAGCGCUGUGUGAUCAAGAUUGUAAUGCAACAUUUUAUGGUCAGAACUGUACACAAAGAUGCAGCACCAACUGUACAAACCAACUGUGUAACAACGUUGAUGGUACCUGUAAUAGCUGUGUUCCCGGAAAACAGGGGAGGUUUUGUGACCUUAGCUGUGAAGGCACAUAUUACGGCCAGAACUGUGCUCAAAGAUGCGGCAUUACAUGUGCACAUCAGUUGUGUAACAUCAUUGAUGGCACGUGUAACAGCUGUGUUCCUGGGAAACAAGGGAGCUAUUGUGACCAAGACUGUGAUGCAAAACAUUAUGGAGAAAACUGCUCCAACAUAUGCAACACAAACUGUACAAACCAACUGUGUAACAACAUUAAUGGCGUCUGUAACAGCUGUGUUCCUGGAAAAAAAGGGAACUUUUGUGAUCAGGACUGUAAUGCUACAUACUACGGCCUGAACUGUUCACAAAGAUGCAGCACCAACUGCACAAACCAGCUGUGCGACAGAGCUAGUGGAAAUUGUUCCACGUGUAUCUAUGGAAACAGCGGUCCCAAGUGUGAUCUAAAGUGUGAUGUGCACCAUUACGGUGAGAACUGCCUGUACAACUGUUCAACCAAUUGUAUUGACUCAGUCUGUGACAGCUUCACUGGGGAAUGUUCCAGCUGUGUUCGAGGUUUUCAAGGACCCCACUGUGAAAAACUUUCAGAAACAAAGGAAGAUUAUUCGAAAGGAAUGAAAGAUGGCAUUGGCAUUGGAAUAGGUAUUGGUAUAGGAACCAUGUGUGGUGUCUUCAUCAUCAGUAUUGCUGUUAUAUGCCUAGUAUGGAGGCUAAAGAGGACAAAACAUUCUAACGGCGAUGCAAAAAAUAAUUAUGCUAAUCAAGUCUUAGAAUUAGGAGACGGAUUAACAUCACCUGCAUUUAACAGUGAAAAUGAGAACACAAAAGUGUAUGACUAUAUUAAUGAAUCACCGGAUACUACAUUGCGAGAAGCAACUAAUGAAGCAAGCAUAAAAUCUAACACCUACAACUCAUUAAAAAAUGAAUACAAUGAUGAAUCUAAUUAUAUGUCAAUAGCUUCUACAAAGUAAAGAAAUACACAUUAAGCCACGUAACUAAGAGCAUAACAAACAAGGGAGACUACUGUUAAAACAGCCAACCAAUACUUAGCGGAAACAUUGUCAACUGGACCAGUGCUGAUUGAUCGACGACCAACUUGGCAAAAAUCGGACUGUGCAAAAAAUGUUUUUGUAAUUUUUCUUCAAAAUAAAA